GUAGCAUGUACUUACGUGGAGUGAGAGCAUUAUGUAUUUAAUGCAUCCAUUCCCGGAGUAACGUUAAUUGGGUAUUUUACUAUUUAUAGGGUGGGUUCGAGGUCGAAGAUGGAUGAAAGGAGACGAGCAACGCUUACCAAACCGUUGUACUGAUAGUCUUGUUAAAUAUCAGAAAUAGUUGUCAUUGACUCAAGUCUUAUUUUCUCCAUACACCGUCCGUGUUUAUAAUGGGUGAAGCUAGUUCACGCUAGAUAGUUAGUACCGAACGUCGAGUCUUUCCCCUCAUCCCGUAGCCAAAUUUACGGACCUAAAUUCUGGCAUAUUGGAGCAGGACUAGGCAGCUAGCCUAGCCAUCAAUUGAAUCUGGAGCAGGAUACAGAGGAUAGUAUGGCCAUGACGGGAGGGACUGCAGCUGCCCUUCCCAUGAGCAACCAUACCCGGGAGAGGGUGACCGUGGCCAAGCUGACAGUGGAGAACUUCUACAGCACUCUGCUGACACAACACGAAGAGCGAGAGACGAGGCAGAAGAAGCUGGAGAAAGUCAUGGAUGACGAAGGCUUGAUAGAUGAAGAGAAGGUCAUGCGACGCUCCCAGCACGCCAGGAAGGAGACAGAGUUCCUGCGGCUGAAGAGGACCCGGCUGGGCCUGGACGACUUUGAGUCACUAAAGGUCAUUGGUCGAGGCGCCUUUGGAGAGGUCCGCUUGGUGCAGAAAAAAGACACCGGGCACAUAUAUGCCAUGAAGAUCUUGAGGAAAGCUGACAUGUUAGAGAAGGAGCAGGUGGCUCAUAUUCGGGCAGAGAGGGACAUCUUGGUGGAGGCGGACGGGGCCUGGGUGGUUAAGAUGUUCUACAGUUUCCAGGAUAAGAGGAACCUCUACCUCAUCAUGGAGUUUCUACCUGGAGGUGACAUGAUGACCCUGCUGAUGAAAAAGGACACCCUGUCUGAAGAGGCUACCCAGUUCUACAUAGCCGAGACUGUCCUGGCCAUCGACUCUAUCCACCAGCUGGGCUUCAUCCACAGAGACAUCAAACCUGAUAACCUGCUUCUGGAUUCCAGGGGCCAUGUAAAGCUGUCUGAUUUUGGUCUGUGUACGGGACUGAAGAAAGCCCACCGUACAGAGUUCUACAGGAACCUCACACAUAACCCUCCCAGUGACUUCUCCUUCCAAAACAUGAACUCAAAGAGAAAAGCAGAGACAUGGAAGAAGAACCGGAGGCAACUGGCCUACUCCACAGUGGGAACACCGGACUACAUUGCCCCAGAGGUGUUCCUGCAGACGGGAUACAACAAGCUCUGUGACUGGUGGUCUCUGGGGGUCAUCAUGUAUGAGAUGCUGAUAGGGUACCCCCCGUUCUGUUCUGAAACACCCCAGGAGACAUAUAGGAAGGUGAUGAACUGGAAGGAGACCUUGGUCUUCCCCCCCGAAGUGCCCAUCUCAGAGCGGGCCAAGGACUUGAUUCUCAGGUACUGUAAUGACGCUGAGAACCGUGUUGGUGCUGUGAGCAUUGAGGAGAUGAAGAGUCACGCCUUCUUUGAGCCUGUGGACUGGGAACACAUCAGGGAAAGACCAGCCGCCAUCUCCAUUGAGAUCAAGAGCAUUGACGACACAUCGAACUUUGAUGAGUUCCCAGAAUCGGACAUCCUUCAGCCAGUUUCCAACGUGACAGAACCAGACAAAUCGAAGGACUGGGUGUUCCUGAACUACACCUACAAGAGGUUUGAGGGGCUGACUCAGCGAGGCACCAUCCCCACAUACAUGAAGGCAGGGAAGGCCUGAGAUGAGGGAAAAUGGGAGAGACAAUGUGGACACAGUGUUGGGCGGUAAACCCCUGCUGUCCUGAAAGCGCAGGAUCAAGAAUGAUUAGGAGGUUCUUGGUUUCAUGCUUCACUGGGGUUUUCCUGUUUGGUCACAGAUCCAUUGGGGCACCAAUUGCAAGAGGAACAGGGAUAUAAAUAAUAUAUGUAUCGUCUUACGUCUUGCUUGGGCUGUUAAUGGGGAAGUUUGUUUUACAACUUAAAGUUUGAUGGUCACUCAACCUGAAAAAAACUGAACUUCCCCUUUUUGAAAUGACUACUACUAGGUGACUAAAUCAAUGGGCAUGUUCCUCUGCCCAGGUGUUGCUGAAGUGUGACAGAUCUUACAACACUUGGAUAGGUAUUUUACCUAUUGGCUAACCACAUGUUAUAGCAAUCUGGUGCCCGACAGUGUAGUCGAUGAUGAGAUAUGCAACGUUUGAGCAGGGGAACGCGACCAUCAUAUCUGCAUGUUUAUACACUGAUUUGCAGGGUCUAAAACACUGUAGAAGGACUGCCCACACACACAGGGUAUUCGUUGAGGGUUAUCCUAGUGUCCUCAUAUGACUGAAGAAAAAUGCAUAUAGUAAAUAUAAAGUCAAUGUUUUCUAAACUUGUAGGUAUAAAAAGUUCUAACGUUUCAAGUCUUUUAUGGGUGCCAUGUUAGCCAAAAAGUUUCAUUCUAGUUACAAUGUAAUCCUUCCGUCAUGGAACGUUCGCUGCUAACAUGGAGUAUGGUGAGCCAUCCAUACAUGGAUUAAUCCCAGAGCCAUAGAUACAUUGUGGUGUCUAUUUAAUGCCUUGAAUCUGGAAUUAAUAUCUCCUAAAUGAUUUAAUGGUGUCAAAGAUGCAUAGAAAAGUGUCUUCUAGUGGUUGAAGUAAGAAACAGUAAUGUAGAAUCAGAUUUGUUUUUGCAAGUUAGAGGACGAGUCAUGGAUGUCAAUGACAAUUCAAGGCUACUAAUACUUAAAGGUAGCAAUAUGAUGCAGAAAGUAGAUGGCAUAUUGGGUCAAUUUCCACAACUAAGAGUGUUGAAGCGUGAUACUCAACUUCUCUGCUUUUUUGGUCUUGUGGCUACUAGGCUGUAUACGGUAUGAAGCGCAGAUGCUGUGUUUGUGACUGCGGGAGAGCAAUGUCUUGCAUCUCGCGCAUAUAAAUAUCUGCGGUGCUGCUCGUGGCAAUGUCAUUUCGCUUAGUCUAAUUUUAUAGUAAUUACAUUUCUGUUCAAAUUUAUUGACAAAGAUAGCGCCUUUUUGUGUGUAUAUAUAUAUUUUAACAUCGGAAAUCAAGUUUGAUCAUCACAUCGCUCCCCAAAAUGCAUCCAUUUAAGUUAGGAACUAUAUUUAAUUAAAUGUACCUUUUUAUAGUCACCCUUUAGUGAACACACGCUGUGUGUGAUGUCAUAAAUAUAGAUAUUCAAAUUUAGGAGUCAAACAUUUCAGCAAUUCUGAUUUAGUUGUGCAGAGGUGGUCAGCACAACUUGCAUAUCCAAUAAACUAAAUUCAUGUAAUGUUGCCCUGGCUAUCUGGCACAGGUCAAAGUUCAAAUGCCAUGUGAUCUGGAGCAGGUGUAAAUUCAAUGGAUCAAAUUAUUUAUUUUGACAAUGAACAAAUGGAUAAAUCCCCAAAUGUUUGCAAUAGUAAACACACCACAAAUUAGGGUGCAUCGUGUGUUAAUGACGAAUGAAAGUGUUGAUGACUAAAACGAAAUACCUAAAAUAUAACAAUGCAGAAAGAUACCCAUAGACUUCCAGUUAUUGCGCUAACGCUAGUUAGCAUUAACUUGCGAAACUACCUCUAAGUACCAUCAUACUGGACACAGACCUAAAAGGGUAACCAGGACUUCAUCUGACUCUGGGGAAGUAGAUAAAGGGCCUCAUUUCCAAAAUCCUAAAGUAUCCCUUUAACUUGUAAAUUUUUCAAGAAGGGAAAUAAAAACAUUGUUUAUGUAACUCUUCUCUAAAUUACUUUUCAUAAGUUGACUCAAAUUCAUUAUUUGAUGCAUUUGUUCAUUAUGAACUCCAUUUAUCUUUCACCAGAACAUGUUACAAAAUAUAUUAAAGGGAUAGUUCACCCAAAUGACAAAAUUACACAUUGGUUUCUAUCCUUUAAGCAGUCUAUGCUUUGUUACCAAAUGUUAAUGUUUUAGCAUUUGUGGCACAUACUUGUCAUUUGGGUGAACUAUCCCUUUAAUAUAACUGGGUUGGCACUGGGAGAGAGCAGGGAGGGGUUGUGCAUGUAUGGUAGGGGAUUGGACAAAAUGCUGAUAGGUUUCCAUCCAAUUAGUGACCGAUUUUCAUGCGAAUAUUCUACAAUCUGUAUAAAAACAAUGUGUAUUUUCCUACCAGAAAGAUUUCAAUCAAAUUGACUUGUUGUGGAUAAGUCUGUGCGUGAUGACGCAGUGCACAUACAAAAACUUUUGCGGUUGAAUUACAAUGUACCGAAUAAAAAAGACAAGCUAGAUGGGUUUCUAUCGCAUUUAACUCUGCUGAUGGUUUUGUCAGAACAAAUGUUGCGUUAUAUAGUCAAUGUGCCCACUCUGGUAUUAGCACAUACACUGUAGCCAACAGCUCGUAUAUACGUGCGGGAAGUCUACCUACAUGAUGAGAUUAUUAUGGGUAAAUGUUUUAUUUAACUAGGCAAGUCAGUUAAGAACAAAUUCUUAUUUACAAUGGCGGUCUACCGGUGAACGGGGUAACUGCCUUGUUGAGGGGCGGAAAGACAGAUUUUUACCUUGUCAACUCAGGGAUUCGAUCCAGCAACCUUUUUUUGUGAAAAGGCAGCCAAGCAUCGAUCAUGUCACCAGAAUAAGGACCUGGAUUGUUUCAUUAUUUUCCCCACAAAAAAUUCGAUGUGCUAAUGUUUUAAUGACGCCUGUUUCCUUUUCCUGGGAAGGAGAUCGGAAGAUGAUCUCCUUGGAUGGAAAACUUGAUAUAAAUCAGUUGUUCAACUGUCUUUCACAGCAGUAUAUUCCAGGUACCAUCUCAUAAUAUAGGCUACUUUAAAUUAUGGUCUUGAAGACAGUUGGACUAAGCGAUUGUAGUGCGUAUUGUAUAACUGCAACAGAUUGCUUGUUUGUUACAUUUAUAAUCGCUGUUUUUAUUAACUAGUUAAGGAGCCACAUAGAUAUGACUGAACUGGAAGCCUACCAUGAUGUAUAUACAGUAGGGGCAAAAAAGUAUAUAGUCAGCCACCAAUUGUGCAAGUUCUCCCACUUAAAAAGAUGAGAGGCCUGUAAUUUUCAUCAUAGGUACACUUCAACUAUGACAGGCAAAAUGAGAAGAAAAAAAUCCAGAAAAUCAUAUUGUAGGAUUUUUAAUUAAUUUAUUUGCAAAUUAUGGUGGAAAAUAAGUAUUUGGUCAAUAACAAAAUGUUCUCAAUACUUUGUUAUAUACCCUUUGGCAGAGGUCAAAUGUUUUCUGUAAGUCUUCACAAGGUUUUCACACACUGUUGCUGGUAUUUUGGCCCAUUCCUCCAUGCAGAUCUCCUCUAGAGCAGUGCUGUUUUGGGGCUGUUGCUGGGCAACACAGAUUUUCAACUCCCUCCAAAGAUGUUCUAUGGGGUUGAGAUCUGGAGACUGGCUAGGCCACUCCAGGACCUUGAAAUGCUUCUUACGAAGCCACUCCUUCGUUGCCCGGGCGGAGUGUUUGGGAUCAUUGUCAUGCUGAAAGACCCAGCCACGUUUCAUCUUCAACGCCCUUGCUGAUGGAAGGCUUUGUAACUUUGGUCCCAGCUCUCUGCAGGUCAAUCACUAGGUCCCCCCCGUGUGGUUCUGGGAUUUUUGCUCACCGUUCUUGUGAUCAUUUUGACCCCACAGGCUGAGUUCUUGCGUGGAGCCCCAGAUCGAGGGAGAUUAUCAGUGGUCGUGUAUGUCUUCCAUUUCCUAAUAAUUGCUCCCACAGUUGAUUUCUUCAAACCAAGCUGCUUACCUAUUGCAGAUUCAGUCUUCCCAGCCUGGUGCAGGUCUACAAUUUUGUUUCUGAUGUCCUUUGGCAGCUCUUUGGUCUUGGCCAUAGUGGAGUUUGGAGUGUGACUGUUUGAACUUGUUAUCAGUAUAAAAGACACCUGUCCACAACCUCAAAUAGGUGCCAUUAAUACAGGUAACGAGUGGAGGACAGAGGAGCCUCUUAAAGAAGAAGUUACAGGUCUGUGAGCAGUUAAGAACAAAUUCUUAUUUUCCAUGACAGCCUGGGAACAGUGGGUUAACUGCCUGUUCAGGGGCAGAACAACAGAUUUGUACCUUGUCAGCUCAGGGGUUUGAACUCUCAACCUUCCGGUUACUAGUCCAACGCUCUAACCACUAGGCUACACUGCCACCCACAGGCCUCUGAUCUAUUUAAUUGGGAGAACUUUCACAAUUGGUGGCUGACAAAAUACUUUUUUGCCCCAUUGUAUUUCCAUGAAAGAUCAAUGGCAAUGACCGUGUACCUCGCCAAAACCAAAUUAACUUGAGCAAAUGGCCUCUGUCUCAUAAGGUCUUGCACAGGCAGCCCAAUUCUGAUAUUUUUUUCCCACUAAUUCGUCUUUUGACCAACCACAUUUAGAUAUUUUCACAUCAGAUAUUUAUCAGAGAUGAUCUGAUUGGGGGGAGACACAUUUGUGGAAAUAUUAUCAGAACUGGUCCUCCUGUGUAAACGCAGCCUUAGUUUUAUUCAAUAGGUUCUAAUCGGUCAUUGUUUUGCAUGCCCAUUACCUGAUGCCUCAGGACAAUGCUCCAGUGUUACUGAAUGGUAAAUGGAAUAACUGAACACUGACCAAGGAUGUCUAACAGGCUGACUUCCCCGCUCGGGUCGCGUGCGUGAGCGUUGCAAAAUACAUUUAGAAAUCUGUUAUUCAAUGAUUGCACCCACACUGCUUGCGUGCGCCAAUGAGCGUCUGCGUUGCCACGGGCUAAAAUAGAAAUCAGUUCUAUUUCUGAUGCAGAUCACACUGCAAGUCCUGUCUCUCCCAUCUCCUCUUUGGGUUAUAGAAGCAGGUACCCAUGUACCAUCUCAUUCGUUAUACCCAUGUGGGUGAGUGAAAGACGAACUAGGUCAGUGGCGGUAAUACACCUAAUUUAUGAAAGUUGCCAAUCGCAAUAUAAAGUCAAGAGAAGAAAAAGCCUGGAAGGAAGAGUGAUGACUAGAAACGAUUCGGUUGACCGUUUUACGUGUGAAUUAAUUGGCGGAGUAGAGGAUCUUGUGCAUUUCAGGUAAAAUAACAACUUUAUAUCCCAGGACAAAUUAGCUAGCUAAAUAGGACAGAUUAGCUAGAAAGCUAACUAGCUAAAUUGCCAUACAUGUUUAAUGCUGGGAAAUAUGUUAAUUUCCAAAUAUUCAUGUAUUAAGUUCGCAUGCACUUGUAGAGAUGGGGCGGAUCUUCUUAGCCACUGAUGACGCAAAUACAGUUGUACCUUUAUCUAAAUGACGGAUGUUGUGACAUCGCAUGUAGAACUACAAUGCUAUGGCUACACAAUAAUAAAUCCUGUCUCACGGUUGUA